CCUCAGAGGGCCUCACUUUCAAACGAUCAACAACGGAAGGAUACACCGCAGGCACCCACCCCCACACACCAUCCGAUUCAUCCAUCCAUCCAUCCGUUUGGUUCUGACAAUGGGAGCAAGAACGGGUGGGAAGGCAAGACAGGCAGACAGUCAGCCACCGACUACCGACUCGACUUCCCAGCCCAGAAAUACACAGACGGCGACCGCUUCAACAAAAGAAAAAGGCAAGCAAGCGAGCCCCGCACCCGCCCACCGCCCGUCGACCGACAUGUAUGUCCUUCAGUUCAGUUCAGGCUGUGCUGUCGUUGUGUAAGUGUACAGUACGGGUGUGCGUUUGAUUCAAACAAUCGACUUCCCCUGUCUCUCCUGCUCCUCCUUGGCCUGCUGCUUGGCCUGCUGCAGCAGGUUGUUCCAUCGUGACCCCCUCCUCUCCCGAUCCUCCUUGGCCUUCUGCAGCGCCAUGUUCCAUCGUGACCCCCUUCUCGGCUGCUCACCAACUUCCUCCUGCGGCUCCUCUUUCUUUUGCUGUCCAGCCGCUCGCUGUGGGGAUGUUGGCGAGGCCGAGCCGAAGCCGACUGAAGGCCUGGCGACAGUCUUGGCUUCAGGGGACCGGUGUAGGUCGAUUUCGCUCCACUGCGAUGCUCGGCGGACGUCGGAUUGGCGGCGUGGGAAGUCCUGCGACGGGCUUGGCAGGUCCUCCAGGGACGAGUCGGGAGUCGACUCUUCAUCAAUGUGCUGGGCCGUGGUGUCGGUGGGGCGCUGGUGACCACCCAGGUACUGCUGGUCGAACAUCUGAGCGAACCUCGACUGCACACUCCCGCGCUUGACGCCUGAAGAGACACAGAGAUUUUGCUUUCUUUCAACCUCGGUGUCUCCGUGUCUCGUCCCUUUGCCCUUUUGUGACCUCUGUCGAAUGCGGCCAUGUAGUCCACCGACUGGUGAGAGGUGUGAGAUACGAUGGACGACCGACGGUCACUCUCAUCGUCACUCAUCGCCCGCACGCUGCCCCUUCCCUUGGCGACGCGCUCGCCCUCGCCGCCCUCGUGACCACACGAUGAGACAGGCGACUCCUUCUCAGUCGGCUCACUGCCCGUAGAUGUGCGGCAGCCGCGCUCCACCUCCGCUUCAGAGUCACUCGUCGUUGCUCGUGGGGGGAGUCUGACCACCUGCACUGGCGGUGGCAGCUGCUCGGUGUCGCUGGGCAGUGCAGCCGGCGGAGAAGGCUGCUCCGCUGCCGCCGAUGACGAGAGGAAGGCCUUGCUCGUGGCCGAUACGGCUGUGCUCCAGAGAGCGCCGAAGAUGCUCUUGCUGGUGGAAGGGAGCGGCGAUGAGGUGGGCGAUGGGCUUCGCUCACUCUGCGCCCGCAGCGGGAGAGCGACGGCGUUCUUGACAGCCUGGUCGGGGACGACAGGCUCGGGCGGAGGAGUGCUGAUCAGUGGGGGGGCGCUCUUGGUGGUGAGGGCGUCUGCCUGGGAAACAGGGGAUGGCACGUUGACGACGCUGUCCCUCUGGCGCGAGACGGUGACAUGGUGCUGGUGGAGGUCGAGCUGGUCAGGGGUCAUGUAGUCGACGAUGGAUCGCCUCCCCGCCACUUCAGGCUGCUCCUGCGCCCGCCACAGCUUGACCGCCUCGAUGAGCGCCACGUCAAAGUCAUCCACGUUGGUCGACGACGAUCGCCGGGGCCUCUCCUGUGCCUGCGCUCCACUGAGGUCGACGUCAAAGUGCCUGAGGAAGUUGAAGCAGCCGUCGCAGACCUUGCACCACGUCUCCUCCGCGCCCCCCUUUUCAGAAGCGGCGAAGGAUCCCUUGUCCUUGGUCGCCAAGGCCUCCACCAUAGCUUUCCUCAUCUCUUGCUCGGCAUUUUCGCGGGCCUCGGCAAAGUCACGUCUCGUGGGGGAGGCCUCGGCCAUCGUGACGCGCUUCUGUGGAGAGAAUGAACUCGUUGGCGCGCGGCGCAAGGACAGGGAGAACCGGGACUUGCGUCGCUCGGCGAGCUGCUCUGCAGCCGGCGAACCUGCCGAGGGCGAUGGGGGCAUGGCAGUGGGAGACAUGGGCGAGGGGCUCGAAGGAGCGGCCGCCCCUCCUUGCCAGAGACUGAACCGUCGGACACCUGCAGAUAGACAGAGAGAUGAAUGAAGGGGUGGGUCAGAUAAAGAGGAGGGGUGCGGUGCAUGCCAUGUAUGGGAUGGGCGGGACGGGCAUUCACCUCACCUGCCAUGGGCGACUUUGGGAUUUUGGGUUGUCCGUCGUCUGCGACGGCUCCCGGGGCAAGGCUCCCGGGGAUCUUGGCUCUCUUGCUGCAGCACUUGGGGCACAACUCAAUGCCACAACGACCGCACACUCUAGACAACACACAAACAGAGGGAGAGGGAGAGGGAGAGACUGGGGAUUGAUAUCACGUAUGGAUGUGGGUGUCGUGUCGUGUCUCAGCUCUUUUGCAAUUUGCUCACUCGCGAGGGAUGUUCAUGAAGAGCUGCUCACAGAUAGCGCAUGAUGAUGCGACCAGGCUGGCCCCCGGUGUGCGUUCGGGGUCCUCCUCAACGUCCCCUGCCCGCGGCCCCGCAUUCGGGCGGCCCCAGAAGUGCAGCUUCUCGCGCAGACCCUCCUCCGCCAUCGACGGCCAUUUCAGACGACUGAAUCAAUCAACGAAUGAGGAAAUGAGUGAAUCAUUGGGUCAGUGCGGGCAAACACAUCUAUCUGCGCACAAUCUAUUAAAAUUGCUUGUGUGCUUUGCUUGUUUGUGUGCUUACGUGUAUUCGUCUUUGAGUCGAAUGAUUUCGUUGUAGUGUCUCUUGACGAGCAGCUCUGGCUUGCCCACCUCGUCGCUACCCGUGCUGCCCCGCCGCCCGCUGCUCGGCGAGUCGUCCUCACUGCCGCUCUCCCAACUCUCGGGCUCACCACCUCGGUCGGCAGCAUGGUCGCUCUCUCGGUCAGCCAGCCGCGACCUGUCCCACCCGAUGGCGCCAAAGCUGGCCAGGAGGAGGGCGAUCGCCUUGUGCUUGACGAGCUCCGAGGGAAUCUGCCCCGGACCGCCGCCGCUGCUCGUGCCUUCACGCUUGUUGGGAUGGGCGCCGAAUCGGAGGAGCAGCUCAGUCAUCUUGCGGUCGCCCUUUAGAAUGGCCCAGUGGAGGGGAGUCUGCUUGGCUCGGUCGUCUGAAAACCAAAGGCACACAUAUAUGCGAUGCGUGUCUGGCAAAUGCUUGCACGAUUGAAAGGAAAGACAAUGACUGCACUAACGCACGCACACACACACGCACUUGUGGUGACAUUGGGGUCAGCCCCGGCCCGCAGAAGUCGCUCAGCCGCCUCGAGGUGCCGCUCCACAACGAACACGUGGAGAGCCGAGACGUCAGGCAGCCCUUGGAAGCCCCGCCUUUGCCCUCGUGUGCUGUCUUUCUCGUCCCCGCCCGCCGCAAUCGACACGUACACCCUCUUGGAGGUCCGUGAAUCGAUGCCGGGCGGGAAGCGCAGCAGAUGGCCGAGGAUGAGGAAGGCGGCCGUCUCAUUGGGGAUGCGGGCGGCCAGCUGCGGCACGGACCGCCCGCCGUAGUCGAGGAUGUAGGGGUUGGCGCCGGCCUGCAGCAGCAGCCGCACCGCCUUGGGACUGCCUGCACGGAUGGCCAUGACCAGAGGGGUCUCGUUUGCAUAGUUGAGGGGAUCCAACUACAGGCAAGGAGAGAGAAGAAACAUGUACACAUGUGCAGGGUAUAUAUACAGACAUGUCUGUAGGUGGUGUAGUGGGUCUACAAUGAUAUCGAGUCUGAGUAGCAGCGACAGUGUCCUCAGACUGCCAGUGAAUGCGGCGAUGUGGAGGCCGGUGUUAUCCCACUCGUCGGGUUGAUCGGGGUCCUCGCGGUGCAGCAACAUCAUCCGCAGGCCCUCCAGAUCGUCAUGCAUCGCAGCAUGGUACACAGUGCCACCAACCUGACAGUAAAUAAACCACACACAGAGGAAUCCUUUGUGUCAAGGAAGGGUGAGACACGCACCUUCUCAUGGCCGACGAGCAGCCGCUUGUACACCGGGUUUGGGAGGAAUGUCGCGCCCAACAUCGGAUCUCUCGUCCGCCUUCUGCCCGACGCGUCUUUCAAUGACUCAUGCGGCCCCUUCUGACGCCCCUGACUGCCGUCGCUUGGAUACACCCAGGCGUGAAUCGCCCUGCGGAGGGUGUUGAGAAACAGCCUGCGCUCUUCUGUGGACUCGAAGCAUAUCAUGCCCUGGAAGGCCACUGUGGCGGACAGGGGCUCUUCGAGGGCGACGACGGACUCGACUGCGAUUCCGGGGAGGCUGUGGGUCUGCCAUUCGAGCAAAGAGGGGGCGGUCUUGCGCUUGGGGUCCUUCUUCACCGGCCUGCCGUCUGCUGAGAUCUGGUCCUGCAGACAGACAGACAGACAGACAGACAGACGUACACACGGAGGCACAUCAUGUCCAGUCCAGUAGAUGGCACGCCUGCAUGUCUCCUCUACGCAUGUCUGUGUGGCUCCGUCGCCCCUCACUGACCAUCAUGACGUGGCACCUCAUCCAUCUGAAGGGGAUGGUGCGGUGGUGCUUGAACUUGCCGCUGGUGGAGGGGGGCUGAGUCAGCAUCAGGCAGUCGGUGCAGAUCAUCGCCCAUUGGGUGACGAAGUCACCCAUCAGCAGCUGAGUCGUCAGCUGCUUCCGAGGCCGGUACACGAUCCCGUGGGCGAAACACCUGACCACGCACAGACCAUCAUCCACAAAAGACAAAGGCGUGCAGUGCGAGAGAGCGCCUCUGACAGCAUGAAUGGGUACUUUCGCUCUCCCGCUGGCGUGACGGCCUUGAUAUAAGGGCUCUGGUCCGCCCCAAUGAGGUCAUUCCACCUGUCCUCGUGCACAAUAGGCAUAUCCGAUUCUCUGGUCCCCCACUGGUAAGAAGGGCAAACUGCAGGGCAAACUCACAGCUCCAAAACACUCUCUUUC